AUGGAUCGGUCUACCUGGGAGUGUGUUAGGCUCUUGGCUGACCCCACAGGGGCCUUUGGGAAGGAGACAGGUUUGUUACUAGAUGAUUCACUGGUGUCUCUCUUUGGAAACCGACGGCUCCAGAGGUUCUCCAUGGUGGUAGAGGAUGGCGUAGUGAAGUCCUUGAAUGUGGAACCGGAUGGUACAGGCCUCACCUGCAGCCUGGCCUCCAACAUCAUCUCGCAGCUCUGAGACCCUGGGCCCAGACAUACUCUCUCUCCCCUCCCCAGUCUCACCUGUGCAGCCCCGGACAGAGGGCUCCAGUCCAAACCCAAGAGGGGCCAGUUCCCGGAUGGGAACUUGGACCAAAGUUCUGCAAUAAACAUUUCUCGUUCACCUU